CUUUGCAUAAUUUUCCAUCACUACAGCUCCUCUGACUUUUACGCUCCAGUCUCCUUAAAUCUCUACAAAUCAGCUUUGCAAUCAUCAUGUCUGACACCCAGAAGGCUAUGGCCCUCCUCAUUGCCACCUUCGAUAAAUACGCCGGCAAGGAGGGGGACAAGAACACCCUGACUAAGGGAGAGCUGAAAGAGCUGCUUCAGAGUGAAUUUGGGGAUAUGCUGGGGAAAGCCUCUGACAAGAAGGCUCUGGACAGCCUCUUCAAGGGCCUGGACGCAAACCAGGACAACAGUGUGGACUUCAACGAGUUUACCAACUUGGUCAGCUGCAUCACCGUAAUGUGCCACGACCACUUCUCCAAAAAAUAAGGAUCCAAGCGUCACCUUGGGGCCAGCAUAGAGAGCUGCCUUCCUGUGAAAGAGAUCCCAUGACAGCUGUUCUGAUAAGGAGUAAACAUUAACUCCAAUUAACUAAAUUACCAUAAAGGCACAAAACAUUAUAUUGUAACGCACAAUGAAAUAAACUUCUUACUUUGAAA